CCAGCGGGCUCCGAUCUCCGCCCCUCGUCGUCCCUGCGUUGUUUGGGGACAGUAGCAAGAUGGCGGCGGCCCCGCUGUACUGUGUCUGCCGGCAGCCCUACGACGUGAGCCGGUUUAUGAUCGAGUGCGACAUCUGCAAGGACUGGUUCCACGGCAGCUGUGUUCAGGUGGAAGAGCACCAUGCUGUGGACAUCGACGUUUACCACUGUCCCAACUGUGACAUCAUACACGGACCCUCCCUGAUGAAAAGGCGCCACAACUGGCACCGCCAUGAUUACACAGAACCUAAUGAUGGAGCUAAGCCGGUGCAAGCUGGCACCCCCGUCUUCGUCAAGGAGCUGCAGAGUCGGACAUUUCCAAGUGGUGAAGAGAUUCUGAUGAGAAUGAAAGGCGAGCAGGUGACCCCCAAGUACCUGGAGCGCCACGGCUUCAACUAUCCCAUCAUGGUCACGGAGAUGGAGGGCCUGGGACUCAAGCUGCCGCCCCAGGCGUUCAAUGUCAGAGACGUGGAGCAGUAUGUGGGUGGGGACAAAAUGAUUGAUGUGAUUGACGUGGCGCGGCAGGCCGACAGCAAGAUGAAGCUCAGCCAGUUUAUCAAGUAUUUCACCAACCCCCACCGGCCCAAAGUCCUCAACCUCAUCAGCCUGGAGUUCUCGGACACAAAGAUGUCAGAACUGGUGGUGGUUCCUGAUGUGGCCCAGAAGAUGUCCUGGGUGGAGAACUACUGGCCGGACGACUCCUUCUUCCCUAAGCCUUUUGUCCAGAAGUACUGCCUCAUGGGCGUUAAGGACAGCUACACGGAUUUCCACAUCGAUUUUGGUGGCACAUCCGUCUGGUACCACGUUCUCUGGGGUGAGAAGAUCUUCUACUUGAUCAAGCCUACGCCAGCCAACCUUGCACUAUAUGAGGCAUGGAGUUCCUCGCCCAAUCAGAGUGAAGUGUUCUUUGGGGACAAAGUGGACAAGUGUUACAAGUGCGUCGUGCCCCAGGGGACCACCCUGCUCAUCCCCACAGGCUGGAUCCAUGGCGUUCUCACCUCUCAGGAUUGCAUGGCAUUUGGGGGAAAUUUCCUGCACAAUCUCAACAUCAGCAUGCAACUCAGGUGUUACGAAAUGGAGCGUCGUCUGAAAACGCCAGACCUCUUUAAGUUCCCGUACUUUGAGGCCAUCUCUUGGUAUGUGGCCAAGAACCUCUUAAAAACUCUGAAAGAGCUCCGAGAAGAUACAUGUCCACCGCCAACCUAUCUGACAGAGGGAGUGAAGGCUUUAAUCUUUGCACUGAAGACCUGGUUGAAAAGAGAGGUGACGCAGCCCAACAGCGAGGUCCCAGACAUCAGGCCCAACCAUCUCAUUAAAGAGCUAACCAAGGAAAUACGCCAUUUGGAGGAAGAACCGAGCAAUGGUAGUGGCUGCAACAAUAGCAGCAGCAGCAGCGCUGUUGCCAAGCCUGUCAAAUCUCAGGGAAGUGUCCCCGGAGGUCCCACCGGGUCCAAUGCAUGCUCCUCCACUCGUGCCACGCUAGACCGUCUAUGCCAGGCCCGACAGGCGAGACGUGCCGCCAGGCGUUUAAAGGAGCAGCAGCGGCACACGCCCAAAGCGCCGUCCAACCUGGACAUACUGGAGCAACACACCAGGGAAGUGCUGAGGAGACUGGAGGUGGGACCGCUGGAGGAGGAUCCGGCGUUCUGUGCGAAGGUUCACGGCAAGCUCAACAAAGUGUCGACGGCCUCAGCAGCCGCCGCCGCCGCCACCGAGUCUUUGGAAGAGAACCACCUUCGACUCACGCUGGUCAACGGCAGGAUCAUCAAGGUCAUGAGGCGGCCCGGCACUAGCCCAAUGAAGACAGAGACUGACAGACAAGCCACCGGUCAGGCAAAAACCACAGACAAGUCUGAGAAGAUGCAGGUCCAUCGAGGGCAGCACGGCGAGGCUCAUACGGCCAAUCUCUUCUUGGGUCUGCAGAGGGUGAAGACUGAACUCAGGGAAGAGACGUCAGGACAUUCAGACUCUAUGUCAGAUGUGGAUUCGGACAGCGAUGCACUUACGCGGCGCAAAGUGUCCCCGUUGUCAUCAUCCUCUGAUGAAGAUUCCGAGAGUUCCCAGGAGGAAGAGGCGGCGCGGCAGAAAGCUUCGGGACACACCAUCGAGCUGGACCAAUCUCACCACCACAAACCACUCAAACGAGAACGUCCUACCUCACCCAGCACAGAAGAAGCCAUUCAGGGGAUGUUGUCCAUGGCUGGCCUGCUCUGCUCCACCAAGUCGGAGAAGGAGGCCGCCUCCCAGGAGCUCUGGUGGUCUGUCCCCAGCCAGGAGGGGCAGCAAAGGGGGCCGGCACACCAGCACCAGGGGGACGCCAGCCCUAUGGACAGCCAAGGCAACAGCAGCGAGGCCUGGGACAAUCAUGGGCUCCCCAGCCCCGAGCCCGACUACCAAUACUGUGACCCUUCCAUGUCGCCCCCUCUGCACCCUUCCAAGAGACACGCCCCCAACCCUCCGCCCAUCAGCAAUCAAGCCACUAAAGGCAAGCGUCCUAAAAAAGGCAUGGCCACCGCCAAGCAGAGACUGGGCAAGAUUUUAAAACUCAACAGACACAAUCGGGUGUUUGUCUGAACGCUCCAAAAAACAAUAAGGCGCUAAUUCGUCUCACUAUUUUUCUUUCUUUUUUUAAUUUUAUUUCUCCCACCGACGGAGGCUCAACAUUGUUGCCUGUGCAUGCUUGGGAGACAGGGUAAUGGAUUCCACGUAAGCACAUGCACCACUUCACAAGCACACCAGGAACAAGUAGGGUGGAGGAAGACCUUCUUCACCAGGGAGCACCAGACGCUCCUGUGGGCAUUAGGGAGAGUGGAGGUUUACUCAAUCAGAUCCAGACUCCUUUUGAAACUGAGUCACAUCCGUCAUGCUUUUAUUUUCAGCCGCUUGCCUGGUGACCAUCUUCCAGGAGGUGGAACGGAAAUUUCAAAAUGGUGCUCAUUGUUUGUACUUUAACCCCCCCGCCCCAAUCUCCAAAAAGACUUGAUUACACCAGCAAUAAUGAACCCCUAUUCUCUUUUUCUUCGCUAUUCUUUUUUUGAAUACUUUAGUCCAAGGUUGCUGCCCCCUGUUGGUUUGACAUAGGAAUCAUUGAUUUUAAUUUAUUUUUUUUUUCGGUGAUUUUUGUUCUUGUUUUUUGUAAUGUUAUUUUUAUGGAACCUGAUGUAUUUAUUAAUGAAGAGAUACAAUUUUAUUAUAUUUAGGACCCCAAGCCUGAGCUCCUCUGAGGUUUCUCCUUUCCCAAGGGGGUUUCUUUGCUUUUGUUUUCUGUAAAUGUGAAAAGUGUUUGCGUUGGUGUGCUGGUCAUCUGUCAUGUAGCAAAAAUCUUUUUUCUUGUUAGUUUUCUUCUCUUGAGCCGGUGGUUUGGUGCAGCGUGCGACUAGAACGGGUCUUUUUUUUUUUUCGUUAUUUAACAACACAGACAAGCGUCGGCUUCCUCAACGCGCACCUGAGCUUGUGCCACUUAGUAUUCUGAGCCCAUGUGGUCGAUGCAUCCCGAGGUCGCAAAGGAACUUCAGUGAUGAGGUUCUUGUUUUGUUUAGUGCUGCUGUGUGUUUUGCAGUUGUUCACUCUCAGGGAAUGAUGCCAUGAACAGAACCUUUGACAAAGCACCGGCCACAUCGUGAACGCAGAAAGAACGCUCUCCAUUUUUUUACAUCAACUUCCUGGUUCUAUUCGAUCACACUUCCUGCUCAGUGUUAAUGAGAUGAUCCAACUUGACUAGCGAUGCCAAGUAGCUUUAAGACCACGCGCUCUCUUUCUCUGGAAGCUUUGCUCAGGUUUAAGUGCACGUAACCUGCAAGUGACUUUCAUGUCCUCCAUUUGGAGUCCUUUUCCUAACACUUUUAAACCCCUUUGCAUGUCGACUUGUUUUAAAACAAACACACAAAACGCGAGCCGGCCCGCAGGCGGGGUUUGUUCCAUCCUUUGCCACCUUUUUUGCUAAGCAGCUCUCUUUUUGGCGUUUUGUGUUUACGUGUGGGUUCCCGAUUUUUUGAUUAAUUUGGCAAAAGAGAUACAAACACUGGCAAACUGAGACACUGUUAAUGCAUUUUGUUUCUGCAUUGCAAAAAUUGCGUGUAAAUAAAAGAAAGAAAAAAAAGGCUCAUUAUUGAUGACUUACAUCGCUUUUGAUUUGAAUGUGUUCAACUUCAAUUGGCAAAAAGAAAACCGUAUGCAUUUAGAAUAUAUUUUAUUAGUAAAUGUAGAACCAUGACUUGUGGCUUCAAUCCAGAUGAUCUACAAAGAAAACACAAUUACUUUAGUCAACUUGUCUACCACAGGGACAUAAAAAAUGACACACCCAGGUAAAGUUAUUUCUCAAAACCCCAAUUUCCAAACCAAAUGUGUCCGACUUUUUAAGUAGGUACGUGUGUAAAAUCUUAAAAUUGUAUUUACAUGAUCUUGUAAAAACGAUUUCAGUAAUUACACUUUCCCUGUGAUAAAUAUAAAGAAAUGUAUGGAACUAAAAGCAGUGAAAAUCGUAAAUUCCUGAUGAUAAGCCACUACUUAUCUCCUACGCUUUGAACCCUGCGGCUUAUGAAAAUGUAUAAAUAGUUUUGAUUAAACAAGCAGACACCCCGAAAAGGUGUGUUAUCGCUUGUGCUAUGGCACCAUAUUUUGGAGAAUUUCACACUAAAUGCAGAUGCAGCGGGGUGAAUGUCAAGUAUUUCCUUCCAAAUAAUGCUUUGAACCUUCAGGAAUUCAAGUCAUCCAUAGCGUUUCUACUCGUAUGGAUUCUUAAUUCAUCAGUGCAAGCAAUGCGUGUAAGUUUUCACAAUAUAACAAACUGUCCCAUGUGUGAUGUCUGUAGGAGUGUUUUCAUGUAUAUUUAUACUUUCUAUCAUAAUCAAGUGAACUUGUUACAAUUAGCUUAUAUGUUAACACUUUUACAAGUGUCUGUUAGUAUUAACUCACAAUGGCAUUCUGUUUUUGUUUUAGUUUCACAAAUUGCUUAGUGAAUUCACCAAAACGUCACCGUGGAGUUAAGUCUGAUUGGAAAGCUACCUUCCGCAGCGAGUGGGUCCAUGAAAAUGACUUCUGUUUUGUUCGAUCAACCGUUUUACUGCCGUGUUUCAAACACCAUUUAGAAACAAGAUAUCUAACCUAACAUGACUAAAAUAUUACGGUGUAAAUUAACUAAUUUCACAACGUUGUGGCUAAUAGAAAAAAUAAAUGUUUAGUGGGUGUGCGCUAUAGUCCAGAAAAUACGGUCAUUUGUGAUCAACUUCAAUACAAAGUCACUGGGGCUCAAAAUUUUAAUUGUGACCAUUUGUUAAAAAUAAAUAAAAUGGGUUGUACUUGUAUAGCACUUUUCUACCUUCAAGGUACUCAAAGCGCUUUGACACUACUUCCACAUUUACCCAUUCACACACACAUUCACACACUGAUGGAGGGAGCUGCCAUGCAAGGCGCUAACCAACACCCAUCAGGAGCAAGGGUGAAGUGUCUUGCUCAGGACACAACGGACGUGACGAGGUUGGUACUAGGUGGGAUUUGAACCAGGGACCCUCGGGUUGCGCACGGCCACUCUUCCACUGCGCCACGCCGUCCCUGUCAUAACUUGUCAUAAUAUUUGUCAUAACUUUCUUAAUAUUUACCCCAUCUUAAAAUGGUUGACCUUAUUUAAAAGUAUCUUAAAAUGCAAAAGAUUAAAUUCAUGAAAUUAGCGUUGGAAGUGACGGAAAAUAUGCGUGAACAUCGGAGCUCUGACUUUGACGUAGUCCCAAAAAAAAAAAAAAAACACGAGGUAAUCGGUGGGUCCCCCAAAAAAUUAUUAGUUUAAAAGAUAUUUGCCAGAUUCACAGAUAAAUGUAUAAUUUAUGUUAAAUGUAUAAUUUAUGUUAUAGGAAUUCCAGUGAGCAAUUUACUCAUUGUAGCUUUUGAUGAGUGUAAACGUGCCAAAUUUGGUCAGCUUUGUCACGCGAAUACUCGUCCAAUCCAAAAUUUGCAACUUCAACUAGGAUGUGUGUUGUCAGUAUUGGUGUUUAGUGGUGAGGGCGACAACGCGAAAGCGGUUGGCACAAUAUGAGUGACCACUUAAGGCAGUGGUUCUCAAAUGGGGGUCCGUGUACCCCUGGGGGUACUUGAAGGUAUGCGAGAUUUUUUUUUAAAUAUUCUAAAAAUAGCAACAAUUCAAAAAUCCUUUAUAAAUAUAUUAAUUGAAUAAUACUUCAUCCAUCCAUCCAUCCAUUUUCUACCGCUUAUUCCCUUUUGGGGUCACGGGGGGCGCUGGCGCCUAUCUCAGCUACAAUCGGGCGGAAGGCGGAGUACACCCUGGACAAGUCGCCACCUCAUCGCAGGGCCAACACAGAUAGACGGACAACAUUCACACUCACAUUCACACACUAGGGCCAAUUUUAGUGUUGCCAAUCAACCUAUCCCCAGGUGCAUGUCUUUGGAAGUGGGAGGAAGCCGGAGUACCCGGAGGGAACCCACGCAUUCACGGGGAGAACAUGCAAACUCCACACAGAAAGAUCCCGAGCCUGGAUUUGAACCCAGGACUGCAGGAACUUCGUAUUGUGAGGCAGACGCACUAACCCCUCUGCCACCGUGAAUCCCUGAAUAAUACUUCAACAAAAUAUAAAUGUAAGUUUAUAAACUGUGAAAAAAAAAUACAACAGUGUCGACAGCUACAUUUUUUGUGGACAUGUUCCAUAAAUAUUGAUGUUAAAGAUUUCUUUUUUUGUGAAGAAAGGUUUGGAAUGAAGCUCAUGAAUCCAGAUGGAUCUCUAUUACAAUCCCCAAAGAGGGCACUUUAAGUUGAUGAUUACUUCUAUGUGUAGAAAUCUUUUUUUUAUAAUUGAAUCACUUGUUUAUUUUUCAACAAGUUUGUGGUUAUUUUUAUAUAUUUUUUUCCCAAAUAGUUCAAGAAAGACCACUACAAAUGAGCAAUAUUUUGCACUGUUAUACAAUUUAAUAAAUCAGAAACUGAUGACAUAGUGCUGUAUUUUACUACUUUAUCUCUUUUUUCCAACCAAAAAUGCUUUGCUCUGAUUAGGGGGUACUUGAAUUAAAAAAAAUGUUCACGGGGGGUACAUCACUGAAAAAAGGUUGAGAACCACUGACUUCAGAGAUCCAGCCUGCUGCAAAUUCACACAUACCUACUUUAAAAUGUGGUACAAACCGCACAGAUUACCAGGAAUUAUUCUAGGUAAAACGUCGUUGGGAAUUGGUGCAGCAUUCACCUUAUUCCUCGUCAUCAGGUGGGAUUCCCAGCUCCUCGUCGGUCCAUGCAGACGUAUCAGGCCAUGGAAAGUGA